AUGGACGUCCAAUGCCAAUGCGGCGCCGUCUCCUUCAAGACGCCCACCCCGGCCCCGAUCGCCGUCUGGCACUGCCACUGCCGCCAGUGCCGCGCCCAGACCGGCUCCGCGUUCGGCACCUCCGCCAUCUUCCCCUCGCAGGGGAUCCUGCCCCUCUCCGAGGCCAACCAGGCCGCGGCGCAGCGAUGGAUCCGCCCCGCCGAGCAGUCCGACUCGGGCCGCGAGGGGGAGUGCUACUUUUGCAAGACGUGCGGCGUGCGCAUCCUGCACCGCAUCAUCGAGAAGGACGGCACGCCCAGGGACUCUGUCGCCAUCAAGGGCGGGCUGAUCAAGGAUCUGGACUGGAAGAGCGCCAAGCACCUGUUCACCAAGGAGGCCGUGGUGCCGAUCCCCGAGGGGGUGGAGGCUUAUGAGACUAUUCCGGCGUAUAUGAGGCCUGGCUAG